AUGGGUUUCCUUUUUUCGACAGCCGCCAUUGUUUUGCUGAUGUUCGCGCGUCGAACCCGGGCGGAUACGUGUCCCGAUACGAGUCCACCGACUCUCCAAGUGCCGAUCUAUCAAGUGGCGAUGAACUCGCCGCUAACAACCCAAUACAUUCACUUCCCGUCAACCACUUCGUUCGACAAUGGCACAGCAAAAACGAUUUAUCAAAUCGACGGAAUUGCAUCAACUUGCAUCGCUGCCGGCUGUUUGAUCACAUUGCAAGUGAUGGGCAAUCAAAAUGGAAAUAACAUUUCGAUCUACACAAUCCCUUCAUCGUGGGCCUCAAGCAUGAACUAUCAGGGUUUCGUCAAUUUGGCUACACUGAAUUGUGUACAAACGUAUGGCGCGUGUGGAGCGACGAUUCCCCUCUACGCCUAUGAGAAUACGAAAUACGCUGACGAGUACGUGAAUGUUGGCUAUGGAAUGGAUGCGCCGGCGGCCGAUGGGUACAAUCCGAUGAUAGGUGGCACUCCGCUUUGUUUCCUUUGGCCUGUUCCAACCACAACAAGUACGACGACAACGACGACAACAACCCCGUUCACUGGCUCAACCACCACUGGACCAACUACAACGACGGCAAGCACCACAACGUUCACCACUGUUUCGACGACAACUGGAUCCACCGUCAGCACUACGAGUUACACGGGCUCGUCGACAACUGCUUCCACUGUCUCCACGACUUCUUUCACUGGAUCGACGACAACGGGAACCACUGUCUCCACGACUUCUUUCACUGGAUCGACGACAACGGGAACGACGGUCACCACCACUUCGUACACUGGCCCAUCAACGAGCACAGAUUCCACGACAACUGGAUCCUCUACAACGCCCUACACUGGCUCGAGCACUACUGCAUCCUCAACAACCCCCUACUCUGGAUCUUCAACAACUGAGGCCUCAACACUUCCCUACACCGGCCCAUCGACUACAGCCGGACAAUCGACUCUCGCAUCGCUUGGAUCAAAGAUUGGUUGGCCGAUUUGGAUCACCGGCGUGCUGAUUUCUUCACUGGUCAUCAUGGCAAUUAUCUUCGGUGCCACAUGGGCGUUCAUUCGAGGCGGCUCCUCAACAAAUCCCACCACGAAUCCCUAUGCAAAUCAAGCACAUGGCUACAAAGCAGCUCACGCCGAUCUACCGCCACAACCCGUUCAGCGGGCGAAUACUGGGGUUUCCACGAUGAACGUCGGCCCGACGUGGACCCAGCCGCACUCGAUGUAUUAU